AUGUUCAGAGUUGUCUUGUUCAAGUGCCAAUGGGCUGAUACUCGUGAUGUUCGAGGAUGUAAGAAAGAUGAUCUUGGUCACACAAUGGUAAUUUUUUCCCAUUUGAUACACACUGGAAAUGGUGAAGAAGAUGAACCUUAUGUGUUGGCUUCACAGGCUAGGCUAGUUUAUUAUGUAGAAGAUCCAAAGGAAAAAGGAUGGUGUGUUGUUGUUCAUGUCAAACCAAGAGACUUGUAUGACAUGGGUGAUCCCAAUGUUUCAGAAGAAGAUGAUAUUAUGAUUGAAGAGCUUCCUGUUCACACUGUGUUAUGCGAUAAUGUUCCUAACAUUAGACUAGUAAGACAACUAGAAGAUACUGAAAAUUCUCAGAUUUCGUAUAUGAAUAUGUCUGGAGCUGAAGAUUCUAUAGCCGCACCUCCUCUUGGACCAGAACUAGCAAGUGGAAAAUGGAGAGUUCGUGUCAUAGAUGCUGAUGCAAAAAUUACAGAGCAACAGCUUUCAGGAAAGGAAGUGUGGAGCAUGCAAAACCAACAGAUUAUGGUUGAUUUCAAUAGAAAAGGACAGCCAAUAAAAGAUUCUGGAGGCUUGUUUGGUUCGUGGUUAGGCUCACUAAGUACUGAUCUUAAUAUACUACAUAUAAACUACACGGAUUGGAGGAAAGUUCCCAAAUAUAGGAAAGAGAUGGCUUGGAAAGUAAUUCAGGAAGAGGAAACUGGUAGAGAACCAAGUCGUAGUGAAAUUUUUAUUGCAUCACGGUGUAGAUCAGAUGGAAGUUUCAUCUGUGACGAAGCAAGAAUCUCUGUGGAGAAGCUGAAACAAGUAAUGACUGAAGGUUCCAUUCAAGGUGAAGCACAUGAUACAUAUGAACAAGUUUUUGGUCCUGAGAAUCCCGGAAGAGUUCGAUGUGACAUGGCCUGA